GCCAACCGCGGGGGUCAAAUCGGAGGCCCGCCCCGGGGUCGCUCCCUCGCACCGAGCGUACCGUCAGCGUCCGCGCGUGUUUGUUUAUUUUCCGCCUUAUUUAUACGAUGAUCAAAUAUAGAUACUUAUUUUUUAAACAAAAACACACUUCAGCUCGUCACCCCGUGUUCCGCGGAGUAGGCGACAACAAGCCCAGCGCGGCGCGAUGAACAGAAAGAAAAGCGACAAGGGAUUUGAGAGCCCGCGCCCGUUCAAAUUGAACCAUCAGGUACUCAGCAUCAACAACAUCAACUUCCAAAAGAAGUCCAUCAUUGGCCAUGUGGAACUCACGCUGUUUCCCACCACGGCGACGCUCAACAAGAUCCGCCUCAACUGCAAGCAGUGCCGCAUCUACCGCGUGCGAGUCAACGACAAGGAGGCCGCCUUCAUGUACAAUGACCCCACGCUGGAAGUGUGCCAUCAGGAGAACAAACAGCGCAACUUGAACUUCUUCUCCAAUGCGUACGCGGCGUCCGUGCAAGCGGUGGAGCCAGACUAUGGCAACGGCGAGCUUUUGAUCAAAGUGCCGUCGGACCUACGCGAGCAUGUGGAAGAGAUGCGCAUGCUGAAGGUGCAUGUCGAGUUCUGGAUGGACAACCCCAAGGGUGGACUGCAGUUUGUGGUGCCCGAUCUGGAGGGCACCUUGGCUGAACGGGCCGCCCACGUCUUCUCCUAUGGGCACCAGAAUGCAUCGAGGUCUUGGUUUCCGUGCAUCGACUCGUACUCGGAGCUGUGCAUGUGGAAGCUGGAGUACACGGUGGACGCCUCCAUGGUGGCCGUGUCUAACGGCGACCUCGUGGAGACCAUAUACACGCACGACAUGCGCCGCAAGACGUUCCACUACCAGCUCACGACGCCCACGGCCGCGCCCAACAUCUCGCUCGCUGUGGGGCCCUUUGAGAUCCUCGUGGACCCCUUCAUGCACGAGGUGACGCACUUCUGCCUGCCACAGCUGCUGCCGCUGCUCAAGCAGACCACCUCGUUCCUGCACGAGAUUUUUGAGUUUUACGAGGAGGUGCUCACGUGCCGCUACCCGUACACCUGCUACAAGACGGUGUUCGUGGACCAGGCCUACGUGGAGGCCACCUCCUACGCCUCCAUGAGCAUAUUCAGCACCAACCUGUUGCACGGAGCAACGAUAAUCGACCAGACGCCCAUCACUCGCAAGAGAAUAGCCAAGGCUCUGGCGCAACAGUUUUUUGGCUGUUUCAUCUCACGAAUGUCCUGGACUGACGAUUGGGUGCUUAAAGGCAUCUCCGGCUACAUUUACGGCCUGUGGAUCAAAAAGACCUUCGGGAACAACGAAUAUCGUUACUGGAUUAAAAAGUGGUUGUCCCGAGUGACGGAUUAUGAGCUGCAAACCGGAGGCAUCCUCCUCCAUCCGACCUUCCCUGCCGGCAAGGAGAAGGAGAGUCCCACUCCUCACCUGCACUUCUCCGUGUGCUACCCGCACACGCUCUCGUGGGAAUACUACAAACUGUACCAGGCGAAGGCGCACCUGGUGCUCAGGCUCAUAGAGAACCGCAUCAGCAUGGAAUUCCUGCUGCAGGUGUUUAACAAGCUGCUCUCUCUGGCCAACACUGCAUCUUCCCAGCGCUUCCAGUCCCACAUGUGGAGCCAGAUGCUGCUGUCCACCAGUGCGUUCCUCAAGUCCAUCUCUAUUGUUUCGGGCAAGGAUAUCCAGCCGCUGAUUCGUCAGUGGGUCGACCAGUCUGGUGUGGUGAAGUUCUACGGGACGUUCGUGUUCAACCGCAAGCGCAACAUCCUGGAGCUGGAGCUCAAGCAGGACUGCAUCGCGCAGGGAACGCAGAAAUACGUGGGUCCUCUGACAGUCACCGUGCAAGAGUUGGAUGGCUCGUUCAAUCACAACCUGCAGAUCGAGGAGAACAGCACGCGCCACGAGAUUCCGUGCCACUCCAAGAGCCGCCGGAACAAAAAGAAGAAGAUCCCUCUGCUAAACGGGGAGGAGAUCGACAUGGAUCUGUCAUUGAUGGAUGCGGACUCACCGCUCCUGUGGAUCCGCAUCGACCCGGAGAUGAGCAUCCUGCGACGUGUGGAGCUGGAACAGCCGGACUUCAUGUGGCAGUACGAGCUGCGCUACGAGCGCGACGUGGUGGCGCAGGGCGAGGCCAUCUCCGCCCUGGAGCGCUUCCCCACGCCCCAGUCGCGCUUGGCGCUCACCGACAUCUUGGAGCACGAGCAGUGCUUCUACCGCGUGCGCAUGCAGUCCACCUUCUGCCUGGCCCAGAUUGCCAACGCGAUGGUGAACACGUGGAACGGACCCCCAGCGAUGAAGUCGAUCUUCACACGGAUGUUCUGCUGCAAGACCUGCCCCAACAUCAUCAAAACGAACAACUUCUGCAACUUCCAGAGCUACUUCCUCCUCAAGACCAUCCCCGUCACAAUGGCCAUGCAGAGGGACAUUCACGGCAUGUGUCCCAAGGAGGUGCUCACAUUCUUGCUGGAUCUCAUCAAGUAUAACGACAACCGUAAAAACAAGUUCUCGGAUAACUACUACCGGGCGUCACUGAUCGAAGCGCUCGCCAACUCCGUGACGCCGGCGGUGGCGGUGAGCAACGAGAACCGCACGGUAGAAAACCUCAACGCGGACGUGCGCCUGGUGCUCGAGGAGAUCACGCGCUUCCUUAACAUGGAGAAGCUGCUGCCCUGCUAUCGGCACACCGUCACCAUCAGCUGCUUGAAGGCGAUUCGUGUUCUGCAAAAAAACGGACACAUCCCCAGCGACCCGGCCAUCUUCAAGGCGUACGCACAGGCUGGCCACUUUGUCGACAUCCGGCUCGCCGCACUCGAGGCCCUGGUGGAUUUCACGCGAGUGGACAUGAGCGCAGAAGUGUUGCAGUGGUUGCUUGACCUAGUUCACACGGACCCCAUACCUUACAUCAGGCACAAGAUUCUCAGCAUGAUGAUCCGCGUGCCGCCGUUUGCCCGCGGUUCGGACUCGCCGCUGUGUAGCGAGGCGUUGGUGGAUAAUCUCUGGAAGCUCAUGAACUCAGGUACACAAGCUCGCGCAUGCAAAUAAAGGCGGGGAAUCUUCUCCCAUCAUCGCCUUUAACGUACUGUCGGGGAAAGUGCUUUUGGCCAGCGCCCUAAGAAGGCCGACACAGCACACGAGGGGUCGAGUGGCCAAUAUCACGUCCGGGGCCAUCUUUGUCUCCGUAGUGAUGAUGUUUACACACCAGGUACUCAUUUGAGGCUGAGUCGACCUAGGGGAGGCCCAGGACCGGGAUCAAAUGAUCGCCAUUGGUGUUGGCACACAUACACGCGAACACACGAUUUCUGUCUUAAUUUGACGCGGUGUUAUUUACACCAUGUGUGACUCAUGUACACACCAUUCAAAGACAAAGAUCCCCCCUAUAACCUGAACAGACUGUUGAGGCAAGUGCU